AUUGGUCAGUACAUUCGACUGGGAGAGGGACUGAAAAAAUUGUAGUUCCCAAAGGAAAAAAAAAAAAUUAUAUAUAUAUAUAUAUAUAUAUGUGUGUGUGUUUGCUUGUCUUCAGCAUCAUUUUAUGGCCCUGAGUGAAUCUAUGCAAAUCCAAUCCAUGACGUAAAGUAAUGUGAUCCUCCACUACAAACAAUAUGGCGGCGCCCGGUGGUGCUAAACUUCUAUCAAGUGCAGGAUUGGGGGGUUUCCUCCAGAGGGUGUGUGGUCUGUGGGGGUGUGGCUCACCCUGGGGUGUCCAAUCCCAGCAGCACCGACAGUUCUUCUGGAGGAAGUGGAAGAGCUCUCGCAGUGUAGUCAGACCGGCUGUCGUCAGACCAGCCUACUCAGUGCCCAAGCAUAUCCUGAGGCCUGACUAUGUGAACAGUGGUCAGGUCCCAGAUUGGCCAGACUACAUAGAGAUCAAAGACCAGGAGCAGAUCCAGGGCCUGACCAGAGCCUGCCAGCUAGCCAGACAGAUACUGCUGCUGGCUGGACGCAGUCUCAAGAUUGGCAUGAUGACAGACGAGAUAGAUUUUAUUGUCCACCAGGAGACGAUUCGUCACAACGCGUACCCCUCUCCCCUGAGAUAUGGGGGGUUCCCCAAAUCAGUCUGCACCUCUGUCAAUAAUGUGGUCUGCCAUGGCAUACCUGACACCCGACAACUGCAAGAUGGUGACAUUAUCAACGUUGAUGUGACUGUCUAUCUGGAGGGUUACCAUGGUGACACUUCAGAGACGUUCCUGAUUGGCUGUGUGGACGAGGUGGGGCGAAAGCUAGUGAAGACAGCCAGGAAGUGUAGAGAUGAUGCCAUUGCUGCCUGUAAACCUGGGGCUCCACUGUGUGUUAUAGGUAACACUAUCAGUGAAAUAGCCCAUUCCAAUGGUUUCCAUGUGUGUCCCUACUUCAUUGGGCAUGGCAUAGGCUCCUACUUCCAUUGCCAUCCUGAGAUCUGGCACCAUGCUAAUGCCAAUGAUAUGACCAUGGAUGAAGGGAUGGCCUUCACUAUAGAGCCCAUAUUGAUGGAAGGAUCGUCAGAGUUCAGAAUCCUGAAGGACAAGUGGACAGCAGUGUCUGCAGACGACAAGAGGUCAGCCCAGUUUGAACACACAGUAGUCAUCACCUCUGACGGUGUGGAUAUUCUCACCAAACUACCCGAGGAGGAUGAGCCAUCGCCAAUAGGAGUCUAAUCACUCUUUUCAGAUCAGCUGUUCACACCCCAGUCACAUCAACAUCUAUGAAGAGGUAAAACACCAAACUGACCCAGGGUUAGCACCACAGAGAGACUAGAAAAACUGGGCAUUGAUAUUGACUCAAAUGAGACUGCACUAGUGCAUUAUUUAGUAUGACUUCUGUGUAGAAAAUACGUUUUAUUAUUUAAAUAAAGCGUUAGUUCACGUUUAAUUAGAAACUGUCUAUCUUUGAGUCAUUAGCAUAUCAUAUUUUACAUUUCACUUUUUUUGUCUGACAAAAUAUUAGCAAACAAUAUGUGGUCAUUGCAAUGUUACUUUAACACAUUUGACUUUAUGUUUCAGGAAAUGAAAUUAAUUCUAAUCUGGGGAGCACAUUCUUCUCUGAUUGACGGCAUCAUAAGAUUAUCUUGUGUUAACGUUGUUAGGACUGCAAGGUUUGCAGAGUAUCAUACGUCCGCUGGACUGAUUAUGUCAUGAUGUUAUUGAUGCUGCGUUGUUUGGCUGCAUGUGUGACGUAUUCAGCCCUACUAAUAGUCUCUGAUCACAUCAACCUCCAGCUCUACAUUGUUAGUAACUUAUUUAGUUUUUCCUCUAGACCAAUUAGAUACCGUGCUUUAGGUAUUUCCACUAAUUCUAUUGAAGCGAUCCCUUUUAAGUUCCUUAGGCCACAUUCUUUUCAUACGUACAACAUGGCACAUUUAUUACACAAUAUUCAAUAUCAAUGUUAUUCUCAAACAUACAGGAAUUUGUUGAAAUAAACUGGUCAGAAACUGUUUAUCUGCUAAAUAAAAAUUGCUCAUAUUCCUGCCAGGUGAAAGCAGAGUCCACACAUAGAUUUUCCCAUUAGCAGGUUUUCAUUAUCUUUAGUCCUGUAUAUCAAUAAAUUGAACCCACAUCAACUGAAGGAUUCUGAGGCUGAUAUAGUACUGGACUCUGCUGGGAGAGUGCCACAGAGUCUGUUGCUGAGUACCAAGAGUAGUUACUGUAAAAGGAUGGGUUGCUUGGAGGGAUACAGUUCUGCUCAUUGCUUGAGCCUCCUGUCUCGGUAAUCCCAUGGGGGGCCCAGUGCACCGUUGUAGCCUGAGGAGAGCUGCUGGACCUAGGGGAGUCACACGGGGUCUCUGGCUGUUCCAGUGGCAUCUGGCCGUUUCUACAUAGCUUCUUCAACUUUGAGCGACGGUUCUGGAACCAAAUCUUCACCUGGGAGAGGAAGUAUAGAUGGUGUUUGAAAUUCCAGCCGUACAAGCACACUGCUACCUCCAGACAAGUGCCUUACUACUUCAGACCUCUUGGCAGAAAGCCAAGUGCACUUGUAUACAAUACAAUGCACUUACUGUACAUAUAAAAUACAUUUAGCAUAUAAUGAAAAUAAUAAUAUUUGAAAUCAUAAAUGAUUAUCAUUGAAGUCCAUCAUGGUCAGAAAAUGAACAUGGUGCACCUGUGUCUGUGUGAGUCCCAGUGAGGCGGCCAGCUCCGCACGCUCAGGUAGCGCCAGAUACUGCCUCGUUCGGAACCUGCACUGGAGCGCGCACAGCUGCAGGCUGGAGUAGAUGGUUCUGGGCUUCCGGACUUUCUUUUGUUUUCCCUUUACCAUUCGGACUUCUGGCUCCUUCUCCUCUUUCUCUGAGAAAAUGUGUAUGACCAUUAAUAGUAGUACUAUCAUUGAUUAACACAAUGUAUCCUGUAAUAUGAUUAAAAUAAAACCUGGCAUCAAGAGCCAACACAAUGUUUCUGAAAAGUACAGUAAUGACCAAAUUAUGGGUUAGUUAUAAAAGGAGAUUAUUACACGUUUGCAUACACAUUUGGAUUUGCAUACCUGCACAUAAUUGAUACAUACACAUUUAACCAAGAUAAAAUGAGUUUUAUAUUGGAUAUUCUGUGGAUAUUGUUUUCUCUCGUCAAUAGCUAUUGGACCAAGCAUGCCAUGGCGAUUUUUUUUUUUGGGGGGGGGGGCUUUCAUUCUUCAAUGGCUCUUACACAAAGCAUGCCAUCACUAUGAAAAUUGUGUGGCACUCUCUUUUGCCUUCAGACCAGCCUCAAUUCGUUAGGGCAUGGACUACAAGGUGUAGAAAGUGUUCCAUAGGGAUGCUGGCCCAUGUUGACUCCAAUGCUUCCCACACUUGAGUCAAGUUGGCUGGAUGUCCUUUGGGUGGUGGACCAUUCUUGAUACACACAGGAAACUGUUGCGCUUGAAAAACACAGCAGCAUUGCAGUUCCUGACACACUCAAACCGGUGAGCCUAGCACCUACUACCAUACCCUUUUCAAAGGCACUUAAAUAUUUUGUCUUGCCCAUUCACCCUCUGAAUGGCACUUGCACACAAUCCAUGUCUCCAUUAUCUCAAGGCUUAAAAAUCCUUCUUCAACCUGUCUCUUCCCCUUCAUCUACAGUGAUUUAAAGUGGAUUUAACAAAUGACAUCAAUAAGGGAUUAUAGUUUUCACCAGGAUUCACCUGGUCAGUCUGUGUCAUGGAAAGAGCAGGUGCUCCUAAUGUUUUGUCCACUCAGUGUAUUCUUCAUCAGGUAGGAUGGACAAAAAUCCACCGCUUUUUCUUUUGUCCAAAUUAUUAUUUAAAAAAAAGUUUUGGGGGGGGGUCUUCAAUAGCUCUUAAACAAAGCGUGCCAUAACUAUGAAAAAGAGAUAUUCUGAAUCGGGAGGAUAGAGAAAAAUCCACUUUUUAUUUGUAUAGAGCCGUGGAUGUUUGUUUAUCCUUCUCUGAUUCAGAAUAUAACAUUUUCAUAGUCAUGGCACGGUUCAAUAGCUAUUGAUGAAAUAAAACACAAUUUCCACCAAAUAUCCAAUAUCAAACUAUAUUUACCUCAGUCCACACUUAGGAGCAGACAAAUAGUGGCAUUCAAUCAAGGGCACAGCCACAUUUGAAUCAACAAAUAGUGAAAUACUGUGAUAAAGUUACCCACCUGUGUCCGUGGUGAGAGGCGAAGAGCCCAUAUAAGAUCCGUAACAACCGUAAGAAGUGGGGAACCCAAACUCAUACAUCCCGGGACUGUAGAGACCGUUAUUCCCAUUAUAUUCCAGCAAAGAAUGAGUGUCAAACUUCAGCUGGCCAUGCGGUGGAUCCGAGCAGUGUCCGGUUGGUUGGUUAGGGAAGAAGUUGCAUCCUGUAGCCCUUGAAAUCGGUAAGAUUUGAGAUUCCUUUGAGUCGUGCAUGGUGUAGUGAAUCGAGGUAGUUUGAGUUGAUUGCAUAGCUGUGUCAGCAGUCUGUAAAACAGUUAUGGCACCAUAACGCUAUGCAGACCUGCAAACAACUGCCGAAAUUGAGUCUUUUAGGAUAAUAUUUCUAUUCCAUUCUAUUCUAAAAGUAGUUCUCCAAGGUAAUUGUCCACUGUCUAAGUCUCCAAUGAUUGCCUACACGUGGCAAAUUAUGAUCAAAUAGCCCACUGUUAUUAUGAGAGUUGUCAAUAAAUGAACCGUUUAUCUGUUUCUACUCCAUAGCCUAGAUAUGUUGGAGUGGUGUCAUCUCCUAUUCAAGCCAUGGAAUGACUGAAGCUUCAGGUGUCUGCUCCUCUGGAUGAGACGGUCUGGUGUGACGUGAACCAGGAGACUGAUGGGUGGGCAAGAAGCCAAAGAAAAAUCCCCUUGACUGUGACACCUUGUACACCUUAAUACCAAUUCAUGUUAUCAUGAUUCGAUACUCUUAUUAUACAAUCUGUUAUUAUGACAAAGGUUUUAUAUAUUUUGUAGUUUUUUUUGUUCUGUUAUAACUUUUUCAAUUGCAAAGAAUGUUGUAAGCUUUUGGAUAUUUGUUUCGCCCUCAGUGCGCUCAACUCGCACUCACCUUCGGAUCAGCGAGAGGUUAUGGCGCCAUCUGGGGGUCUUUGUGUGAUGUUGCUACAACCCGGCAGACACAUACCAAUAGUCUACUCCACCUUACACACUUCAUAAUUACCAACGGCGCCAGUGCUCACCCACACAGGCGAGCAAAACAACCAUUAAGGCUGACUGAGGUGACUGAGGGUAUAUUUACACUGUCUAUGUGUGCCCACCACGCAUUAAGGCUUACCUCUGACUCCACUGUAAAUAUAAAUCAUGAUCUUGAGACCACAGCAGCAGCUGCAAGUGGGGUAUAGGCUAGGCUGUGUCUCAAUAGUCUGAAGUUGCUUCCUCUCUUUCAUCUGCCUUUAUCUGAAAACACAGGCUAGUUGAAAGCGCACCAUGAAUAUAUCAUCACCUGUCCAUAUGAAGACUAUCAAUAUGGACCCCUCCAUUUCCUUUACUUCACAUUAGUGUUGAGUCAUGGGGGACAUUUUACUGUACUUGAUAACCACAUGGCCACUAGAUGGCCUUGCACGGCUCUUUAUGUACAGCCUGUAGCCUUAGUAAUAACAGUAUCCCUGUAUGCAUAAAAGCCAAGGCCCUUUACCAACAUGUCAGGAGCGUUAUGAUACUUGUGGUAGUGCACUAGAUAUAUUUCCGCAGGGUCGCUGGUUCAAACCCAGCUCUGGCUGUCGCCACAGUGUGUUGUUUAGGAGGAAGAUAAACACAAACAUAACAUUUACUGCUAUUACAUUGUCAAAGUAAUGUAAGAUACACUGAAGCCUGGAAAUGUCGAAUUAUGAAAUGUUAGAUACUUUAGUUGUAUUGUUCUGAAGUCGUAGUGUUCUUAGUUAUUACAUUUGUGUUGCUGCACUUGUC